AGCACCGAAUCAGUGAGAUAUGGCAACGGAUUUCACAGCGUACGGCACGAGUUCGCUCGCUAGUGACGAGAGUUUGAGUGCUCGAUCUGCUGCUCGACGCAAAUGGAUCAGAUGGGGGUUCAUCAGCGCCCCCACGGGUAUCAUUUUGGCCGGAAUGGUAGUGUUGGGUAUCUCUUCCCACUCCGUUGAGUCGAUUAUUGCCACCGCCACCCCCGAUGAAGGAGACGUCAAGUGUUUCCAGAGCUCGUACGUCGACAACGUGACCAAAAUGAUGGAACCGAUGAAGGGGCUCAAGUGGAAGUACGGGGGUGAGAAAACCACGGACUCAUUCAUCGCGAUCGACGUGGACACCAAGUAUCAGGAGAUCAUGGGCUUUGGUGGUGGGUUUACGGAAGCUGCGGCACUGCAGUUCCAUAAACUACCGAAAGAUAAACAAGAGGAGGUAUUGACGCUCUACUUCGACAAGAACAAGGGCAGUGCGUACAACUUCGGUCGUGUGCCGAUGGGGUCGUGUGACUUCUCGAUGGGGUCGUACAAUUUUGCCGAGACGGAGAACGACAUGGAACUUAAGGACUUUGAUGUGGACGUGACAUACGACACGGAGAUGAUUAUCCCAUUCAUCAAGCGUGCGUUGAAACGCCGACCAGACAUGAAAUUGAUUCUAGUGCCUUGGAGUCCACCAGGCUGGAUGAAGCGAUCCAGCUCGUCGUACAGUGCGAGUAUGCUGGGGUCAACCAAGCCAGUCGGACUGCGAGACGACAUGCGUGCUCCAUGGGCUCUCUACUUCUCCAAGUUCAUUACGGCAUACAAGAAGCACGGGAUCCCAUUCUGGGGAGUGUCACCACAGAAUGAGCCGGAGUUUAACGCACCAUGGGAAGCCUGUGCAUACAAUCCCGAGUAUGAAGCUGAGUUCAUUGGCGAGUUCUUAGGCCCCGUACUUGAGCGUAACCACCCCGGUGUUACACUCAUGGCGUUCGACCACAAUCGGGUUAGUGUAAACCGAUGGGCGAAUGUCAUCUACAGCCAUCCAAGUGCAGGCAAAUACGUUGAUGGCAUCGCCUUCCACUGGUACGAGGACGGCGGUGAGCGCUACAUGGACGGAGUGGCUUAUCCUGAGCAUUUGAACGACACCCACUUCGUUAAUCAGAGCCGCUUCAUGCUGAGCACGGAGAGCUCUAGUUGUCCUGGAGUCGCAGUCGGAGCUGAGGCGUGGUUUCGAGCUCAGCGCUACGGUCACAACAUUAUGUCGGAUCUCAACAAUUACGCUGCUGGAUGGAUCGACUGGAAUUUGAUACUUGAUCACACGGGCGGACCAAACCAUAAGGACAACGUCUGCGAUGCUGCCAUUAUCGUGACUGAAGGUGGAGACGACUAUUUUGUGCAGCCAAUGUACUAUUUCAUCCAGCACUUUUCCAAGUUCUUACCUCCGGGAUCUCGACGUGUGAAGACGAAAGUGGCUGCUCGGUUCGCCAAACCUGGCGAUGCCCAGCUAUUCGUUCACUAUCAAUCUUCUCUUGAUAGUUGUGAUGGGAGUUCACGACAGGCGAUCCGUAGAACGGAAGACAACAAGAUGCAAGUGACUGGAACUCCGUUCUGUCUGGACUUGGUGAACACUCCGACUGGACAGCAUGAGGUUCGAUUGGUGGAAUGUCAGUGGACACCGCAGACGUGGACGUUUGAGGAGGACACGCACCGUGUUCGUAUUGAUGAAUACUGUGUGUCACUGAACCAUGGAUCCACGGAGGACGGGGUGCGUAUUAUGGCCGAUAAGUGUGAGGAUGAGGUGGCUCUGUACCAACAAUGGACGUUCAACGCGGAAGACGGGACGAUGCGCUCCCAUGCAUCGCCGUCGAACCAGUGUGUGACGGCGGGCUAUUCGUUCCUGCAAGCUGCUGCUUUCGUGGCACCGCAGAAUCGCAAGGUUCUUGUGGUGUUGAACGAAAACACUGAGCCGGCAGACUUCCAGGUGCAGACUGGAAAUGCAGUGCUGGACACGACGAUUGCUGCAGGUGCCAUUCGCACGUAUGUCUGGGCGUAAAUGGGCAAGCAAUUGUGUUCUGCUGGGAACUGAAAAUUACAUGUAAGGUAAAAGGACAGCAAGAAGAACACCACCAUGGGCAGAAAUUGGAAGCAUUCGGUCCAUAUAAUGAAAAAAAAAAAAAAAAAAAAAAAAAGCA